AUGAUGGAGCCGCGUCGUCCCUCCCUCUUCCAAGUUCUUCAGAGCGGCCCUCUGAAGGUUUCUGUUGUAGGGAGUGGGAACUGGGGAUGCGUCAUCGCAAAAAUUGUCGCCCUGAAUGCAAAGCAAUCGUACGUCUUUCACGAUGAGGUCCGCAUGUGGGUCUUUGAAGAAAUGGUAGACGGACAGAAACUUACUGACAUCAUCAAUACAACGCACGAGAACAAAAAGUAUCUACCGGGUCACAAGCUGCCGGACAAUUUGAUCGCUUUGCCCGAUGUCGUAGAAGCAUGCAGAGAUGCGGAUCUUCUAAUUUUCAUCAUGCCUCAUCAAUUCGCAACGAAAAUCUGUGAUCAGCUGGCAGAGGCACGAGUUGUACCCGCACACGCCCGUGGUAUUACACUGGUCAAAGGCCUGCACGUGGAAAACGGAAAACCAAGCCUAUUCUCCGAUAUCUUCAGAACGAAACUUGAUAUAGUCGACUGCUGUGUCCUUUCCGGCGCCAACGUUGCAAAUGACGUUGCGCGUGAGGAGUUUGCGGAGGCAACCAUUGGCUACACUCCUGAGGAAACGGAUGCCGCUUUGAUUUGGCAGCAACUCUUUGAUACGCCGUACUUCAAGGUCAAUGCCUUGCCAGAUGUGGCUGGCGUCCAGGUCUGCGGCGCUGUCAAAAAUGUAAUUGCCAUUGCGGCUGGCUUCUGCGACGGCUUGCGGCUGGGCACGAAUGCCAAAACGGCAAUCAUUCGCCUCGGCGUGGAAGAAAUGAAACAGUUUGCUAUGCUGUUCUUCGACCACAUUAUGGCGGAAACAUUCUUCGACAGUGCUGGUUAUGCCGACGUAAUCACGACUGUCUUCGGCGGGCGCAACGCGCGCUGUGCUGCGGAGUUUCUCCGGCGGGGAGGAAAAUCCACUUGGGACGAGAUUGAAGCAGAACUGCUCAAAGGCCAGAAGCUACAGGGAACAUUGACGACUAAGGAGGUCUACGAGGUUAUAAGCAGCUACGAGGUUGAGAGGCUUUUUCCUCUCUUUUCAGUCACAUAUGAAAUUGCCUUCAAAGGAAGAGACCCCCACGACCUUAUUCGUGUAUUCAAAACAACGGAAGUUCGCCCACACAAAACGCUACAGGAGUGCAACCAGCUUGUAGUCUCAGCCGUCGUCGCCACUGCAAAAGAAAAGAUGUUCGGCGAAGUGAUCCCCUUGGAAAGUCGAGAAUCAAUCGAGGCGCUCACGACGAGUCUUGGAGGAGACGCUGAGAGCACGCUUUUGCAGCAACAAGUCAAGCUGCAGCAGCAACUCCAGCAUCUCCAGAGCCAACAGCAGCAGAUGCAGCACCAGCUUCACUUGAUGCAUACAAGCACAGGGUCCAUCGGUCAUGGCGACUCCCAGCCUCCUCAGCAGUUGACAGUACACCUCUCUCACCUCACGCCUUCGCAAAGGAUGCAGGUCCACCGACUGCAGCAGCAACUGCAACACAGGCAGAUCCACCGGCAUUCAGAUCGAGUGCCCCCUACUCCAGUGGGCCAUCCGGAGAUCGGAAGGAACUCGUUGUGA